AUGGCUAAAAGUGGAACUAUGGGGCUAAGAUUGCAAUUGGAGGUCAUCAUGUCUAACCAAGGUGAUAGGACGCAAGAGGCAGUAGAUAUGUCUUCCAUAGCGAGUUCAUUAGCUAUGAUCAUGAAUCAAAUCUCGGGCAUGCAAACUGGUAUGGAAGAGAUGAGAGGAGAGAUGAAUGGUGUGAGUGGGAAGUUGAAGGGUAUGAAUGAACGGAUGGUGGCUUCCACCCACAUACCACCAAGAUGCAAUCAAAAGGUUGUACAUGUUGAAGCAAGGGUUGAAAAGUGUGGAAGCAAAUUUGAUGAGUUUGAGGAUUUGCGGAUGAAGUCCAAGAUAGAAGAGCAUGAAGAGUACACGAUUAUAAGGACCUAUAAAGAUAAAAGCAAAUCGUCUUCAACUUGGAACAAAGGCAAAGAAAAGUGGAAAACUUCCACUUGGGAUAAGCCCAAGAGCAACAUUCAAGCACCUCAAGCCAAAUUCGACCACAAAUCCAAAGGCGAUGACAAGGCUAAAAGGGGUAACAAUUCUAACACUAACUAUAACCGACCUUAUACCAUCCAAUGCUUUAAGUGCCAAGGGAGAGGGCACAUUGCGAGUGAAUGUCCCAACCGGAGGACUAUCACAAUAGUGAGGGAUGAGUAUCGAAUCGAUGAUGAACAUGAGGGCAGGGAUGGUCAUGAAGAAGAGGGAGAAAGAAGUGAGUGUAAGGGUGAUUCCGAUGAAGAGGUUGAGGUAAGGUAUGAAGAAGCCUUGAAUCAUGCUAUUGUGGCUAGAAGAGCCAUGGGGGCUCUAGCUAGGGAAGAGAGUGAUCAAAGGGAGAACUUGUUUCAUGCACGUUGCAAAAUUGUGGAUAAGGUAUGCUCCUUAAUCAUUGAUGGUGGAAGUUGUACGAAUGCCGUUAGCCAAUUUUUAGUUGAAAGUAUGAAAUUCCCCACCCACAAGCACACUAAACCCUAUAAACUCCAAUGGUUUAAUGAAUGUGGCGAAAUGAGGGUCAACAAGCAAGCCAUUAUCAAAUUUAGCAUUGGCAAGUACAAAGAUGAGAUUUUGUGUGAUGUGGUACCCAUGCAAGCUUGCCAUCUAUUGCUUGGAAGACCUUGGCAAUUUGAUGUUGAUGCCCAACAUAGUGGGAGAACUAACAAGUACUCAUUUGUGGUCAAGGGGAAGAAGUACAUUCUUAAUCCACUAACCCCUUACCAAGUGAGUGAGGAUUAUAGAGUGAUGAGGGAGCUUCGGGAGAAAUAUCAAAGGGAAGAAAGGGAGAAGAGUGCGAAGGAGAAUUUGUUAGUCAUAAGUGGAGAGGGAACAUCUCAAGAUAGUUCCAAGAAAUGUUUGUUGGCCAAACCAAGUAAUUGCUUAAAGGGGGUUGAUGAGAGACACUUUAUGGUGUGUCUUGUCAACAAGGAUCUUCUCUUAAAUGCUAACCAAGCUACUAGCACUUUGCCUAGUAGUAUGUAUUCUCUUUUGCAGGAAUAUGAAGCCUUGUUCCCGGAGGAAAUACCCGAUGGCUUACCUCCCUUGAGAGGUAUUGAGCACCAAAUCAACUUUGUACCGGGUUCCCAAAUUCCCAACAAACCGACUUAUAGGAGUAAUCGGGAGGAAACAAAAGAAUUACAAAGGCAAGUGGAUGAACUUCUCAAAAAGGGGCUAGUGAAGGAGAGUCUUAGCCCGUGUGCCAUUCCGGCGAUUCUUGUUCCAAAGAAAGAUGACACUUGGAGGAUGUGCAUUGAUUGUAGGGCCGUCAAAAAAAUCACGGUAAAGUAUCACCACCCCAUUCCAAGGCUUGAUGACAUGUUGGAUGAGCUUUGUGGCACAAGUGUGUUUUCAAAGAUUGAUCUUAGAAGUGGCUAUCACCAAAUCCGAAUGAAUCCCGGCCAUUUGAGGCAAGUAUUUGAUGUCUUGUUGCGUGAGAGGUUGUUUGCUAAUAUUAAGAAAUGUUCUUUUUGUGUUGAUAAAGUAGUGUUCUUGGGUUUUGUGGUAAGUGCAAAUGGUGUGGAGGUUGACGAAGAAAAAGUGAAAGAUGUUCCUUUUGUUUGGGGAGAUGAGCAAGAGAAGACAUUUCAAGAAUUGAGAUCCAUGUUGAGUUCAUCGCCAUUGUUACAAUUACCCAAUUUUGAGAAAACUUUUGAAGUUGAGUGUGAUGCUUCCGGGGUUGGCAUAGGAGGAGUAUUGAUGCAAGAAGGCAAGCCACUGUCUUACUUUAGUGAAAAGCUAAAAGGGGCAUCAUUGAACUACUCUACUUAUGACAAGGAGUUUGUAUGCACUUGUGAGGGUCUUGACCCAUUGGCAACAUUAUUUGUGGCAUAA